AUGAGGAUUGCGUGUCUGCAGUUCGCGCCGCAGGUUGGCGACGUCAACAACAAUCUUAAUCGCGCAGAUGCAGUCCUGAAUAGAGCGAAUCCACAGAACAUAGAUCUACUGGUCCUUCCGGAAUUAGCGUUCAGUGGAUAUAACUUCAAAUCCCUACAACACAUCAGUCCCUAUCUCGAACCGACUACUGCGGGUAUCACUUCCCUGUGGGCCAGGACAACUGCUUUAAAGUACGACUGCAUAGUUACCGCCGGGUAUCCUGAAAAAGUUGAUAUUACACCAAAGUGGCCUGCUUCUCCUGAAUACUACAAUUCAGCGAUAACAGUGAGCGCAGAAGGGGAGACAAUUGCGAACUAUAGAAAGUCUUUUCUCUAUUACACAGAUGAAACAUGGGCGCUGGAAGGGCCAGAUGGAUUUUAUGAUGGAGAAAUAGACGGUUUGGGGAAUGUUGCGAUGGGGAUCUGUAAGUGGCCAACCAAGUCGUUUGAGCGCAUGGAUCUGAAUCCAUACAAGUUCGAAGCGCCAUGGAGCGCUUGGGAGUUCGCGUAUCAUGUUCUCCAUAAAGAGGCGAACUUGGUCAUCAUUUCUAUGGCAUGGUUGACUCGUGAAGAUGCUAGAUCUUUCAGCCGAACACCAAAGGAACCGGACAUGGAGACGCUGUCAUAUUGGCUCGCAAGAAUGGAGCCUUUGAUUCGAGCGGAGGGUGACGAUGAGAUUAUUGUGGUGUUCGCGAAUCGAUGUGGAACUGAGGAUGACGCCGUAUAUGCUGGGACAAGCGCUGUCCUAGGCAUUCAAAGCGGCGAGGUCAAGGUCUAUGGUAUUCUGGGACGCGGGGAACGGGAACUGUUAGUUGUUGACACCAAUCGGCCUCCACAAGCAAAACUCAUCUCUGAACCCAAAUCUGCUAGCUCAAAACGUCAAUCGAUCGGUUCCAAUCACUCAGCAGGCCAGACUUUAUCUUCGAAGGCAGCUAAGCCUAUCAAGACAACCAAAUCUGUCAAUUCGCCAAACCUGAGUGUCUCGAUCGGUACGCCUAGCGCAAGAUCGCUUUCCUCAAGUCCUCCUACUCCAGACGCGAUGGAAAUUACUGUGGAUGACACAAUAGCUCCGUUGUCACCUGUCGAUGCGAGAGCACCGAACAUGUUCUUCUCAAGGCCAGGAGACAUCGAUCCUGAUCCGCGGCGAGCGAGUCGAGGAAGCCUCAAGUCGAGCACAGAUGAGGUGAAGCAGGCAGAUGCCGCCAAGCCAGAUUCACCUACUUUAUAUCGCCCUCCGUCGCCAAGAUCACGAAACUCGAGCCAGGAUCGUAAGUCAAACUACAGUGAUGCCUCCCCGACGUCUCCUGAGCUUGUACAAGAAAGCGGGCCAGGAUCCAAGACUUUGGGAGUGGAGAGCCCUCUUGUUGUUGCCAAAUCUCCUCCGCACUCUGCCUCUGCGAUACCAGACAAGUAUGAAGGGAAUCUCACUAGCAAAGGAGCUGGUCGGGAGAGUCCUGUCGGCUCGCCUCGGCCCAAAAGUGUGACCUGGUGA